CCACUGCAACCAAGAAAGCUUCAAGAAAGAGUACCUACUUGUGAGCUCCAGGUUGAUACCAUAAUUCCUUGAAGAAAAAAGGAGAGAAGAGUGCUAGUUUUUCCGGGUUUAUAUCAUAAGUUCUUGGAAGAGGAGAUUGAGGUUGAUAUCUUAACUUUUUGGAAAGAAGGAACCCUGAGAGGAUGGGAUCAUACUAUCUCCAGAUCAACACCGAGGAGCCCGAGGUGAUCAAGCCGGCAUCGCCCACCAAGAAAUGCGCGCUUUACCUCAAUAAUUUCGACCAGCAAGUGUUCUUCCACGUCGAGAUGCUGCUGGUGUACGAUGUUGGUCACGGGGAGUAUAGCAUCCAGCUGGGUGACGAUCUUCGUGACGAUGGCGGAGCUAUGAUCGAGAGGCUCCGCGAGGCGCUGAGCAAAGCGCUGGUGGCUUACUACCCGGCGGCGGGGAGGUAUCGGAUCAAUGAAGAGGAGGCGCGGCUGGAGAUUGAUUGUGGCGAGCAGGGUGCCCUGCUAGCGGUUGCGCGCUCGAGCUCGUCAAUCGCGGAGCUGGGCGAUCUGGAUGCUCCAAAUCCCGAGUUCCGGAGGCUCCUCCUCUAUCCCAAGAGCGUCAAAUCCAUGGAAGAAGUUCCACUCUUGACGGUCCAGGUAACGCGAUUCCGCUGUGGAGGAUUCAUCCUGGGCUUCUUCAUCAGCCACGUCGUCAUGGACGGCAUCUCCAUCAGCGAUUUCCUCCACGAUUUCGCGACGAUCACGCGAGGGGAGGCCGUGGAGCUCGCACCGCGCGACCCGGAUCGCUCGUGCUUCCGCCACCGAUCGCCGCCACUCGUGACACGCGACCACCCGGAGCUUGCGGCCCUCCCGGCCACCCCCGCCAAGCUCCUCUUCAACCCCUCCUCCUGGUACGACGCCACCGCGCCACUGCCCAUCGCGUUCAAGACCUUCUCCUUCACCGCGCGCGACCUCGCGGCGCUCAAAUCGCGCGCGCUGGCGGAGGGAUCGCUCAACAGCUGCUCCACAUUCCAGGCGCUCACCGCGCACGUCUGGCGCGCGCGUACCGCCGCCAUGGGCCUCGACCCCGCCGCCAUCUCCAAGCUCUUCGUGGUGAUCAGCAUCCGCGACAAGCUCAAAGCCCCGCCGCAUUUCCCCGAGAGAUUCCUGGGCAAUGGCGUGAUCGCGGCGCCGUGCGUGAACACCACCGCCGCCGAGCUCCGGGAGAACUCGCUCACCUUCGCGGUGCGCAGGAUCCAGGAAACCAUCGCCAGCGUGGACGAGGGGUAUAUCCGCUCGGAGCUCGAUUGGUGCCACGUCAAGGGCCACGGCAUCAUCGACCUGCCAGGUGGCAUGAUCAUCACCACGUGGUCUAGGCUCGGGUUUGACUCCGUUGACUUUGGCUGUGGGCGGCCUGCCUACGUGGCGGCCCCGGUCAACGACCGUCGGGAGUACGUGCUGGUGCUGUCUAGCUGCAAGAACGAUGGCGGCGUUAACUUGUUUAUGGGGAUGGAUUUUGAUAAGAUGGCCAAGCUGGAGGCUUUGCUCAAGGUAUGAAAGAGUGUAUAAGUAAGAAAUUCCUGGUUUUCUUCUGGAAUAAUUUUGCUGGUAUCAAUCUGUCAACUAGUUUUCUGAUAGAUUUGUAUACGUAAGAAAAUUCCUAGUUUUCUUCUGGAAUAAUAUUUGUUUUGUAGAAA